CUUUUCGGCCUAAAAGCUCUCACGAUCUUAUUCUCACGUUUUCGAAACGGUGCGUUUUACAAUUAUCUCGGUUUUCUACCGAUGACAUAAACGACGUCGUAACUGCCUCGUCUCUCCGAAAGUAAUCAGUCACUCUCCUCUUUGCCCCCCAAUUCUGCACCAAAAUCCCUGCAAUUCCACUAAAACGCCAUUACAAUUUCCUUCACUGUUUACAUACUCGUCCACGUCGUCGUCUAACUGCACCUGUCAAAACCUUUUCUCUGAAAGUAAUAAUUUGGCUCCAGAGUUAUAGUUUAAUCGUGGGCUUGCUAUUCAUUUACUCGCCUGUUUCUGCAAGCAAAUUCAAUUAGGGAAAGAUGCAGGCUUGUGGCUCUGCAUCGAUAACGUCUCCAUUGUGAUUUAAUCUCUUUAAAAUCACUAGACCCAGUAAAACCAGCAGCAAAGUUUUAGGUAAUUUAUGAGAGGGAGUUUCUGGAUACGUUUUUUUUCUUCCUCUUCCUUUCCAUCAGCUUCCCUUCCAUGGAUCUCUCCUAUUCAUCUUUCAAAACCAAUGUUAAGCAAACCAGAUCCCUCAACAGAAACUGUAAAUGCUCUUGUGGAAGUUCAAAGAAAACCGAAAUAUAUUUCUCAUGAGUCAGCUGUCAACUUGAUCAAACGUGAGAAAGACCCGCAACGUGCUUUGGAUAUAUUUAACAAGGUAGCAGAGCACAAGGGUUUUAAUCACAACAAUGCAACCUAUGCAACGAUCCUAAGUAAGCUUGCUCGUUGUAAGAAGUUUCAAGCUAUUGAUGCAAUUAUCCAUCAAAUGACCUAUGAAACUUGCAAAUUUCAUGAGGGUAUCUUCCUUAAUCUCAUGAAGCAUUUUGCAAAAUCCUCUCUGCAUGAAAGAGUGCUCGAGAUGUUUGAUGCAAUUCAACCAAUUGUUCGCCAAAAGCCUUCUCUCAAUGCUGUUAGUACUUGUCUCAACCUGCUGAUUGAAUCAAAUCAAAUUGAUUUGGCUUGUAAGUUUCUCUUGCGUUCCAAGGAUCAUCUCAGAUUGAAGCCUAAUGCCUGCAUUUUCAACAUCUUGGUUAAGUAUCAUUGUAGAAGUGGAGAUCUUGAAUCUGCCUUUGAAGUUGUAAAGGAGAUGAAGAAAUCCAGGAUUUCUUACCCCAAUUUGAUCACUUACUCUACUCUGAUGGAUGGCCUUUGUUCAAGUGGAAGACUCAAAGAAGCAGUUGAUCUAUUUGAGAAAAUGGUCUCGGAGGAUCAAAUCUUACCUGAUGCCUUAACUUACAAUGUUCUGAUAAAUGGCUUCUGCCGUGAAGGGAAAGUUGAUCGAGCCAAGAAAAUUAUAGAGUUUAUGAAGAAGAAUGGAUCCAGUCCAAAUAUAUUCAACUACUCAGCCUUGAUGAGUGGAUUUUGUAAAGAGGGAAGGUUGCAGGAGGCCAAGGAAGUGUUUGAUGAAAUGAAUAGUCUCGGUAUGAAGCCUGACACAGUUGGUUAUACUAUACUACUUAAUAGCCUCUGCAGAGCUGGGAGAAUUGAUGAAGCAACAAAAUUGCUUCAAGAAAUGAAAGAGAGAGGCUGCAAAGCCGAUACUGUAACUUUUAAUGUGUUCAUCGGGGGAUUAUGCAGAGGGGAUAGGUUCGAAGAGGCUCUUAAAAUGCUUGAGGAACUACCUUGUGAGGGUGUUUAUCUGAACAAAGCAAGCUAUAGGAUUGUAAUGAACUUCUUGUGCCAAAAGAAUGAGCUGGAAAAAGCCACUGAACUGCUGGGUUUAAUGCUUGAUAGAGGGUUUUUACCGCAUUUUGCAACUUCAAAUGACUUGCUGGUUCGCCUUGUUAGAGCUGGGAAGAUAGAGGAUGCAGCUGCUAUAUUGUUUGGAUUGAUGGAAAUGAGAUUUAAACCAGAGCCUGAUUCAUGGGCUAUUUUGAUUGAAAUGGUUUGUAGAGAAAGAAAAUUGUUGUAUGUGGUUGAAUUGUUAGAUGAGUUACUUUCCUAAUAAAUUUAUACUUCCAAAUAUAUGUGGGAUGUUAUUUUU